AAAGUGAGAAUCAGAUCUGUAUCUCAUUUCUGAGCAUCUGGAUUGUAGCUUUCCCUUCACUGACUGUCAAAGGAGGUGGUUUUUAAAAUCAAGCCAAACAGGUUUCCAUCUUUUCGGAAGACCCCGGAACGUGCCAGUUGAUUCUGACAAUUUCUCAUGAACAGAAACACCUAGGAAGGGAGAACUGGUGAGUCUUUUCAAGAGGCGGAAGUCCCUCAAAAGGGGCUGUGUUUCGUAAACGGCGCCCUAAAGGAGCUGAACUACUUCCAUCUGGAGGAAAAAGACUCAGGCACUGAGGGAAAGGGAGGGUGCACGUCUGGAGUAAUUUCAAGGCUUUUUCCGUGUUAUGUGAUGUGGCAACAAGGAAAGAUUUUUUCGUCUUACUAUUUUUUUAAUUUUUCAAUAUUUUCUUUUCCCCCCUUUUCCCUUCCCAGCCACUCCGGUUUGGGUUUGCCACAUGACUCAUAAUUCCUUUAGAAAGUGGAGUCGAAUUCAUAAAAGUGAUGGGGGGAGGGGUGCGGAGAGGGAAGGCUGGGAGCCCCAGGGAGUCUUCACUACCUACACUGCCGCUCAGCUCUCAGCACGAGUGGAGGUCGGGGUGGGGAGACGCGGCCCCCGCCCGGGAUGGCUGAUACUCUGCAAGCCCUGGCGGCCCACAGCCGGGCCGGGUGACUAGGCGGCGGGCAAGGAGGGUCUGCGGCGGGCGGGCGGCGCUGCAGCAGCCUGGGCACGGCCGCCGCCGCCCGCGGGCGCGAGUGUGCGCGGCGUGAGGGGUGUGCGCGCGUGAGCCGGAGCGGGGCUCGCCCCUCGCCGGCGCCCGCCAGUGAUCGCUCUCCGGCCGUCCCCUGCACCCUCGGCCCCCCACGGCCGUUGGUCCGGGCGGGGGAGGGAGAAAGUGAGACUCAGUGUCAUCACCAUCCAUUGUCAGAAGGGGAGGAAAUUGGAAUCUAGCAGCGGCGAGCAGCAGCUGGGCGGUCACAUCUGGGAAUGCAAAGCCGACCUCCCCCUCCUCCUCCUCCUCCUUCACCUCCUCCUCUUCUCUCACCCAGGAUCACUUCCGAAACCACUUUGCCUUCAGCCCCUGCCUCGGCCAGAGGGAUUUAUUUAAUGGGGAUGUGUUCAAGGCAAGAGCGAAUUCAGAAGGAUAUCGACGUUGUGAUCCAGAAGUCCAGAGCUGAGAAGGACUGCCUGUUUGCAGAUUUCAGAUACUCAGACUCCACCUUUACUUUUACCUACGUUGGCGGCUCCAGAAGUGUCUCCUACGCAGUACAUGUAUCUGAAGAUUACCCAGAUAAUACAUAUGUGUCAAGUUCAGAGAAUGAUGAAGAUGUGCUAGUUACUACAGAGCCAAUACCAGUAAUUUUUCAUAGAAUAGCAACAGAAUUAAGAAAAACAAAUGACAUUAACUGUUGCUUAUCCAUAAAAUCCAAAUUACAAAAGGAAAAUGGGGAGGAGUCAAGACAGAAUAGUACAGUGGAGGAAGAUUCUGAAGGUGACAAUGAUUCCGAAGAAUUUUAUUAUGGAGGGCAGGUGAACUAUGAUGGGGAACUGCACAAGCACCCACAACUAGAAUCUGAUUUGUCAGCAGUGAGAGAGAUAUAUGGGCCACAUGCAGUUUCUCUCAGGGAAUAUGGAGCCAUUGAUGAUGUAGAUAUUGAUCUGCACAUCGAUGUUAGCUUUCUUGAUGAGGAGAUUGCUGUGGCUUGGGAAGUAAUUCGAACAGAACCUAUAAUUGUUCGACUACACUGUUCACUUACGCAGUAUUUAAAUGGCCCAGUGCCCACUGUUGAUGUCUUUCAGAUUUCCACAAAAGAGCGAUUUGGAUUGGGACAUCAGCUGAAAAAAAUCAUGCAGACAUUUGUUACACAGCAGUGGAAACAGAGCAAAGAAAAAUCCAAUUGCCUGCACAAUAAAAAGUUGUCAGAGAAGAAAGUGAAGUCUCCCCUGCAUUUAUUUUCUACUUUGCGCAGGUCGCCAAGUUAUCCUCCGCCUGGUUGUGGUAAAAGCAAAUCAAAACUGAAAUCUGAGCAGGACGGAAUCUCCAAAACGCAUAAGCUGCUGCGGAGGACUUGUUCCAGCACAGUCAAGACUGAUGAUGUGUGCUCCACAAAGUCACACAGGACCUUUGGCCGCUCCCUGUCCAGCGAUCCCAGGGCUGAGCAGGCUAUGACAACAAUGAAAUCACACAAACUUUUGAACCGUCCCUGCCCUGCAGCUGUUAAGUCAGAGGAAUGCCUCACUCUAAAGUCACAUAAACUAUUGACUCGAUCUUGUUCUGGAGAUCCGCGAUGUGAGCACAACACAAACUUGAAGCCCCACAAACUGUUAAGCAGGUCUUACUCUAGUAAUCUCAGAAUGGAAGAAUUGUAUGGACUGAAAAAUCACAAAUUGCUCAGCAAGUCCUACUCCAGUGCCCCCAAGUCAUCCAAAACUGAGCUUUUCAAGGAACCUAACGCAGAGGGCAGGAGGCUCUCUCUUACCUCAGGGCUUAUUGGUAUCCUAACACCAUCUUCAUCUUCAUCUUCUCAGCCUGCUCCAAAUGGUGCAAAAUGCAUUCCAGUACGAGACCGCGGCUUCCUCGUGCAGACAAUUGAGUUUGCUGAACAGCGGAUCCCUGUGUUAAAUGAAUACUGUGUGGUAUGUGAUGAGCCACAUGUGUUUCAAAAUGGCCCUAUGCUUAGGCCUACUGUGUGUGAACGGGAGCUGUGUGUGUUUGCUUUCCAAACCCUGGGAGUAAUGAAUGAAGCUGCUGAUGAAAUAGCAACUGGAGCUCAGAAAAAGAACUAUGAUCGAGUAAUGAAAGCACUGGAUAGCAUAACGUCUAUCAGAGAAAUGACACAAGCACCAUAUCUGGAAAUCAAGAAACAGAUGGAUAAACAGGACCCCCUUGCUCAUCCCUUACUGCAAUGGGUUAUAUCAAGUAAUAGAUCACAUAUUGUGAAACUGCCAGUUAACAGGCAAUUGAAGUUUAUGCAUACUCCACAUCAGUUCCUCCUUCUCAGCAGUCCACCAGCCAAAGAAUCCAAUUUUAGAGCUGCUAAAAAACUCUUUGGAAGCACCUUUGCAUUUCAUGGCUCGCACAUUGAAAACUGGCACUCCAUCCUGAGGAAUGGUCUGGUUGUUGCUUCUAAUACACGACUGCAGCUCCACGGUGCAAUGUAUGGAAGUGGAAUCUAUCUUAGUCCAAUGUCCAGCAUAUCAUUUGGUUACUCAGGGAUGAACAAGAAACAGAAGGUGUCAGCCAAGGACGAGCCAGCUUCAAGCAGUAAAAGCAGCAAUGCAUCACAGUCACAGAAAAAAGGACAGCAAUCCCAAUUCCUGCAAAGCCGUAACUUAAAAUGCAUAGCCUUAUGUGAAGUGAUCACCUCACCCGACCUGCACAAACAUGGAGAGAUAUGGGUUGUCCCCAAUACUGACCAUGUCUGCACACGAUUCUUUUUCGUCUAUGAAGACGGCCAAGUGGGAGAUGCAAAUAUUAAUACACAAGAAGGAGGCAUUCAUAAAGAGAUCCUCCGAGUAAUUGGUAAUCAAACUGCUACUGGUUAAAGGACCACCAUUUAAUUAACAUGAUUUGAAAGCCUUCCUCGGGUUCAAAGCUGGAUUUUGAACUGAAGAAGAUGAUAAAAUAAUUUAUUAUUAUUAUAAACAAAAUUAACCCUUUGAAUACUGGUUUUUUUUCUUAGUAUUUCUAAGUAUCUCAUUAAAUACCUAAAAUGGUAUAAGAUUUAUCAAUUGUAGGGUUAUGGAAUCUAGUAAUAAAAUUUCAACAGCACUUAAACCGAAGUUUGGGUUGCUCACACAAUAAACAGAUUGAAAAAACUGUUUUGUGCUGAUAUUUUUAUAUUAAACUCUUUAACUGGAUAUUUGGUAUUAUAUACCGACAUUUUAGGUUACCAAAAUAGAAUUGAGAACAUUUUAUAAUGGCAUCUAAAUCAAUCAGAUACUCUGAAAUAAGUAUACUGUUUGCACAUUCUGAUGUGCUAUAUCAUUAGUAGUAUGGGCAUUCUAAUGUUUUGGAAGGGAUGUUCCCUAUUCUUCUAUUUUUCUUCAUACAAAAACAAUUAGGUCUUAGAAGCAGUGCUUUGCCAAAAAGUAUGUAAUAUACACAUCUAUAGAUUCAUGCAUCAAAAUGUGUGGUUGUGAAUAUAUUUGUGUAUAUUCACACGUAUGUUUUGACAAGAAAGAUGGCUUAGCUUCACAAUUCUAUCCUCAUUUAAUGGAAAGAAGAUAAUAUUUAGUAAGCAAUAAAUUUGAACAUAAACCAAGAUAUGAGCCAAAUUUACCACCAUUCAUUCACUGAAAAUAUUUUCAGACAAUUUUUCAGUUUGUCUGAAGAAAUUCAACUCUUUUAAAAUGUUAUCUAAAAGUCAUAAUUUGGGGAACAUACAUGGCCUGGUAGACCAAAUCUAUAUUCAAAUGAUUAUGUAUUUGAAAGAAAGACCUCAGAAUUUAAAGAAACCGUAUAUAUUUUUUAUUUACUACAAGAAAACAUUUUACCAUUUUAUUUAUGCCACACGAGCAUUUUUGUAUUUGUUCAUCUAAUACCUCUGCUUAUUUUUUUCAUAUUGAGAAAGACCACAAACUUUGAUGCUUCUUUUAUAUUAAAAGACAACAAAUAAGUUUAUAGAGAACAGUAACACCAGCUCUCAGCAUUUCCUUUUCAAGACUCAUAAUUUCAUCAAAAUCGUUUCUUAUUCUUUGAGUCCUAGAGUUCUUAUUCAUCAAGUUUUAAUUGACAGUGUUUAUUUUCCCACAUGUUGUCUUUGGAAUAAGGCCAUUCAUGAAAGCAGUUUAGUUAGUGAGUCUGCCACUCUAUUCAAACCCUAAAUCAAGGCUCUAUCUGAUUUUAAUUUAUGUAGAAAAAAAAUAAAAAUGUGUAGUCUUUUGCAAGUAUAAUGUGAUAACUGCUGUGUUUAUUUCCUUUGUCUGGCAUAAAAGGUGAGAAAAAGGUCAUACAUGUUGUUAAGGGUUGCAGUUUAGGAAGUAUUUUCUAAUCAUUUGUUUUGUUAUAUUGCAAAUAAUUGAUAUGCCACUUAUUUCUGUAAGAAAAAGUAGGCUUGAAGUGGCUGGGAUAUUAAUCAUUUUGAUAGUAUCUACUUAAAGCAUUGAUCUGUUUUGACUUGUGGCUCUGAACUCUGGGCUAGGCUGGGGGAUAAUAGUAGUGGGGUAGGGCAAAGAUACAGUAUCAUAUCCAGUGUUUUGUGACCAUUUAUUUGAAGACUACUGUGGGACAUGAGGACCUUGCUUUUUUUUUUUUUUUUUGUCAAGAUGCUGCAAGUCUCCCAAAUCACUUGAACUGUGUUUUUAAAACAUUUUUAAGCAACAGAAUUAUUUUUUUGAAAUUAGUCUAUACAUUAGACAGUCUAUACAUGACAAACAUGAAGAUCUAAUACCACAAUUUGGGAGACGGAAUCUUGGAACUCCACCUUUUUGACCACUAGGACCACUGAGACACCUCCAAUAAGCUCUGUAGAGUGCCUCCAGCAUAAUUUAAAAGCCACUGACCUCUAAUCCAUUAUGGUUUUACUUAACAUUUGAGUGAUCUGUAAAGAAUAUAGUAUUGGAGUCUGAACUGGAAGGGUAACUUGUAGGACUCAAGAAAGACUGUUUAAGGAAAAUUGGCGUAAUAAAAACUGUUCCUGCUGACUUAAGAAUAAGAGUAGGUUCACCUCUCUGAGGAAGUGGUUGAUAGUUUCAUGCUAGGCACCUUCUAUGAUAGUAAAGUAAGAUAUCUUGUUAUGACAGUUAAUUGAGUUGUAUCAUGGUGCAGAAUGACAGAUAUUGUUUCAAACAAUUGUCUCAGAACUUUGUAAGCAAAUAUUCUAAGGAGAAUCAAUCUUAUUUUUUAAUUGAACUUUUUGAAAUUGGGGAUACUAUAAUAACUGAUAGAGAUGAUUUUCUGUAUUUCUAAAGAAUCUAAUUUCAAUUACUACUACUAACAUAUAAAUGUGCUUCCAAAAUCCAAGCAGGUCCAUACAAUUUAGAGAUUUGAACACUGUUAUCAUGCUUUGAUUCAGUCAUUCAUUAAAAUAUUAUCUAUUCACUUGUUUGAUGAUUUCAAACAUUUGAUCUUGUAUUGUGUUUUUAUAAUUAUUUGAAAUCUGUUCACCGAUGCUUUGUAAUGGUUUUAUUAAUUGUGUAGCUGUUGCUACUUAGAUAGUAACCCACUAAGCAAAGGCAGUCAUUUAUUUUCAUUCUUGAAGUAGGGAAAGAAAGUUAUUAAUUUAUUAGUUCUACUUUUUCCUACGUUGCUGAUUUUGUAAACAUUUUGCUAUGAAUAAUAUGUUCUCUUUCACUGUAUUAAAAUGAGAAGAAAAUGAACAUUUGAGAAUGGAAAAAAGUAAUAAUAUACACAUAAUCUAGUGCUAUAAAAUGCAUUAUACUAAGACACUUUUGGUAUCUUCGAGUGCACUAUGUUGGAAUAAAUUUUAUACUUGUUGCUCAGUAAAUCUCAGUCAUAUGUUGGGUUUGAAACUUUUUUUUUUAAUUUAAAGUUUAAUUUUAAAAGUACCACAUUUUAAAAGUUACUGUUAAAUACUGUGUAGCAUAAAACACCAACCCAAGCUAUUGUUAAUGCUCUGAAUAUUUUUCUUUGAAAAUUUAAGUUUGGCGAAGAAAUUCCUUCAUUUUUCUCCCCUUUGCUAAAAGAAAGAAAAUCUAUAUGUAAGUCUAUGAAUCUUUAACUGAAAGAAUUUUAGCAGUACUUUGUAUAAUAAAAAUAUUUUUAAAACUAUAACUUGCCUUAGUGCAUGGGGUUUGAGAAAGUUUUAAUGAAAAACUCAUCAUCCUCAUUAAAGAGUCUGGAUAACUUCAUCAGAUAGUAAUUUAAUAUGUCACGAAGGGGCCACUCAACAUUGGGUCAUCUACCAUCUAAAUAAAUAUGGAUUUCAUGGUGGCAUUUGAAGCACAUUUUGCAAACAUUAUGAUGUUCUAUUGUCUUGCUGAAUUAUUUAUGAUAACACUACCUCAAGACAAAUGAUAGACUGUUGGUAAGGUAAAUUGGGUUUUCAAUGUCAGGAACAAAUAAAAUUUUGCAAAUAGAAGUCAUCAAAUAAUUCAACAGUAAGACCAUACUGGACACAGAUGUUGUCAGUUACUUCUGGACAAGGUGGUAACAUGGAUAUUUCAAUCACUGGUAACAAUGUCAAGGUUAACACCCAGUGAGUUAUCUGAAAGAAUUUGGGUUGCAAAAUUUAAAAUUAAUUAGUUUAUUUUGAGAUUGAUUUUCUACAUGGGCCAAUUUUAUGUCCAUUACCUAAAGCCACUAUCUCCCACUCUAAAGAGUUAAAGGAUGAAAACACCCAACUGCUACACUGGAAUGGCAGACUGAAUAUUCAAGCAUUUUGGCAUUUAAUGCCUGCUAAAUUUUUGUCUGAUUAUAUAUAGAUUGGAUGUAUAUUAUUACCCAGUAAAUUCUUCUUGGGAAUUUUGUAUACAUUAUGAAAUAUUAGGAUAAGUUUUUGUAGGUCAGAAGAAUUUCAAGUAGUUUUUAGACAAAACAUAUCUAUGAGUGUGAAAAAAGCUGUGUUGACGAAUAGAUUACAUUACACAUUUACCAGGAGGUUAAUAAAAAAUAGUGCUUAUUUACAUAGUCAAUAUAAUUUAAUGUUCUAAAAAUAGUAUCUUCGAUCUGCCCAAUAUUUAAUGUAUCAUUUGAGAUUUUUUAAAAUGCAGCCACUCCUUUAUGUAAACAUUAAGAUAUGCCUAUGUUUCUUUAACUUAUACAGCCUCUUUACAAUAAAUUUCUUGAUUUUUGUGCACAGAAUAGUAUUGCAAACUGCUAUUUAGCCUUUGGUGCCUUAGAAUUAUUACAAAUAUUUAACAAUAUGUACAUAAUGUAAAUACUGCCAAGAGAUCAGUAAGGCCAAAUAUUUUCUCUAUUCACUUUUUAUUGCUCUUGCUUUCUAUUGCUACUAAAGCCUCUUUUAUCCAGCUUUGUAAUAGUUCCAACAUUGUAGCCAAUGUAAAUGUUUGCUUUCAAUAAAUCUGAAUUUGUUCAACAAGUA